UAUCGUGUGAGUAAAGCUCAGAUGAAUGAGUGAAAGACUCAGUUUAUAAUAAACACCAGUUCAGCCGCUGACAACAAAUGAUGGAGAAACUAUUCGAAUUGUCCACACACAGAGAAACAAACACUGGUGAAACAGCUGAGAUUCAUGACACACUGUUAUAAAGAUGGCCUUUAUUAAAGAGGAGACUGAAGAUGUGAAGAUUGAAGAAACAUUGAGUCUGAAACAAGAAGAUACUGAGGAACAAACAGACCUGAUGCCGCUGAAAGAGGAGAGUCAAGAACUGAAUGAAAAGGAAGAACAAAAUCUGUAUGAAAAUUUUGAUUUCACAACUGGAGAAAAAACUUUUGGUUGCUCACUGACUGAAAAAACAUCCACACAAAGUAGAAGCCGAUCCUGCAUUCAGUGUGGAAAGUUUUUCUCUAGCCAUACAUACCUUGAUGUCCAUAUGAGAAUUCACAAAGGAGAGAAGCCUUUUACAUGCAAACAGUGUGGAAGAAGUUUCACUGAAAAAGGAAGCCUUAACAGGCAUAUGAGAAUACACACCGGAGAGAAGCCUUUCACCUGCCAACAAUGUGGAAAACGUUUCUCUGAUAGUGGAAACCUUAAUGGCCACAUGAGUGUUCACACGGCAGAGAGACAUUUCACCUGCUCUCAGUGUGGAAAAAGUUUUAAUCAAAGAAGAAUACUUAAAAAACACGAGACAUUAUACUGUGGAGAGAAGCCUUACAUAUGUCCACACUGUGGAAAGAGCUUCAGACAAAAAGUAACAUUGAACACACAUUUGAGAGACCACACUGGAGAAAACCUGUUCAUAUGUGGUCAGUGUGGAAAGAGCUUCAGAUAUAAAGCAACAUUGAACACCCAUUUGAGAGACCACACUGGAGAAAACCCGUUCAUAUGUGAUCAGUGUGGAAAGGGCUUCAGAUGUAAAGUAAAUCUUACAAUGCACAAAAGAGUUCACAUUGUUCACAAACCAGAUGGACCUGAAAUGUCAGUUGCAAUCCCAACAGUAGCACACUGUUUUCUAUUAAAAAAGUAAUAUACUGUAGAAUUCAAUGCAUUCAGGUCAUUAUCUUCCAUUUUCUGUGAUGGCAAAUUUACUGUGAA